AUGGAAACGAGAUUCCUCCUCCGCUGCACCAAGCGCCUCCGACUGAACCCCAAAUCCCGACCCUUUCACACCCGUCCUCCCCUCCGAGACCAACAAGCAAACCCAAUAGGCGAUUACUACGCUUCCCUCCUCGAGAGCUCUUCCCCGACUAUAACGAGCAACCCACCGACCACAGCUACACCCUCCAGCACUCCUCCCAUAUCCGUGCAAGAUGAAGCGCCCGAAGACAGCGGUCCCGCGAUAUUAUUCUCCUCGCGCCUCUCCUCGCCCUUAGAACGGCGGUCCGAGAUUCGCAAAAAGAGCGAGUUGAUAGCGGGGAUAUGGGUGCCUCCCAAACCAGAGGAGCCGGAUAACUGCUGUAUGAGCGGGUGUGUGAAUUGCGUGUGGGAUCGGUACGGGGAAGAGGUUGAGGAGUGGGCUGCUGCGAAGAAGGCGUCUGAUGUGGCGAUGCAGAAGGAGAGGGGGUUUGAGAAGGGAAGGGCGAGGAGGAGAGGGGAGUUGGUGGGGAUGAGUAUGGAUGAUGAUGGGGGUGGGAGUGAGAGUAAUUGGGGUAAUGGGGAGAUGAAUGAUGAUUUGUUUAAGGAUGUGCCGGUGGGGAUUAGGGAGUUUAUGAAGCAGGAGAAGAGGUUGAAGCAGAGACACGCGCUGGAGGGGACGAGUGGUGGGUAG